UUGUUGUUGUUACAGUCAUGGAGUACAUGCAGGCUCCGCCAUCCAGCAGCCACGGCAAUAUUCUUUGCUGUACGUGUGGCGUUCCCAUUCCUCCAAAUCCAGCCAACAUGUGCGUCUCCUGCUUGAGGACUCAGGUGGACAUCUCUGAGGGCAUCCCCAAACAAGUGACCAUCCAUUUCUGCAGGCAGUGUGAACGGUACCUGCAGCCUCCAGGGUCGUGGGUUCAGUGUGCCCUGGAGUCCAGGGAGCUUCUGGCUCUGUGCCUUAAGAAACUCAAGGCUUCCAUGUCGAAGGUGCGGCUUAUUGAUGCUGGCUUCUUAUGGACCGAACCGCACUCUAAGAGGAUCAAGAUCAAGCUGACCAUCCAGAAGGAGGUCAUGAAUGGAGCCAUUCUGCAGCAGGUUUUCACUGUGGAGUUUGUGGUUCAGGGUCAGAUGUGUGAGGACUGCCAUCGUGUGGAGGCCAAAGACUUCUGGAAAGCUGUUGUGCAAGUCAGGCAGAAGACUGUCCACAAAAAGACAUUUUACUACUUGGAGCAGCUGAUUUUGAAGCACAAGCUGCAUCAGAACACAGUCCGCAUCAAAGAGAUUCAUGAGGGAAUUGAUUUUUACUAUGCCACUAAGCAGCACGCGCAGAAGAUGGUGGAUUUCCUGCAGUGCACCGUUCCCUGCAGGUCAAAAGCGUCCCAGCGGUUGAUCUCUCACGAUGUUCAUUCAAACACCUACAACUACAAAAGCACCUUUUCUGUGGAGAUAGUUCCUGUGUGCAAGGAUAAUGUGGUGUGUCUGUCUCCACGGCUCGCCCAGAGUCUGGGAAACAUGGGUCAGGUGUGUGUGUGCGUCCGGGUCACCAGCUCCAUACACUUAAUCGACCCAAACACCUUGCAGAUUGCUGAGGUGGAUGGCAGCACGUUCUGGCGUCACCCGUUCAACAGUCUGUGCAGCCCACGGCAGCUGGAGGAGUUCAUCAUCAUGGACAUCGAUAUCAUCAGAGAUCAGCGCUUAGGAGCUGGCGCUGGGCUCAAGUCUAAUAAGCACACCCUGGCGGAGGUCUGGGUUCAGAAGACGUCAGAGAUGGACUCCAGUCAUCAGUAUCACUGCAGAACCUUCAUGGGUCAUUUGCUGAACAUUGGAGAUCUGGUGCUGGGCUUUGAUUUUGCCAAUGCCAAUAUCAACGAUGAGUUCCUCAAUAAGAUGAACCCUCAGCAUGUUCCUGAUGUGGUGCUGAUCAAGAAGAGCUACGACCGCAUGAAGAGAGCAAGAAAAAGAGUCUGGAAGCUGAAAGAGAUGGACAGAGAGAAGGACGCUGCAGACACUGAUGACGAGAGACAAUACACUGAGUUCCUGGAGGACCUGGAGGACGAUGAGAUGCUGAGGAAGAACAUCAACAUCUUCAGAGAUGCUUCAAAGAUUCCCGUGGAGGAGAGUGACACGGAUGACGAUGGAGCACCCAGGAUCUCUCUGGCGGAGAUGCUGGAGGACCUAAGCCUUAGCGACGCCACGGGUGGAGAAGGAGCCGAUAUGAUGACGGACUAAUCCACCUCAAUUAAAGAGACAGUACACCCAAAACUGAACAUUCUGUCUCCAUUUACUCAAACUUCACUUGUUAAAACCUGCUUGAGUUUCUUCUGCUGUGAACAUUAAAGAAGAUACUUGAAGAAAUCUGCCUCCAUAGAAGGAACUGGAAAUACAAUGGAAGACAGUGGUUACAGGUGUCUAACAUUCUUCAAAUUAUCUUUUUUCUUAAAAGAGGAUAUUUUGAAGAAACCUGUAACUACUGACUUUCAUUAAUGUCUGUUUUUCCUACUGUGGAAGUCAACAGCUUUUCAUAAAGAAACUCUUAAAUGUUUGGAAACACUUGAGGGUUAGUAAAUAGUGAUGAAAUGAACAUGUUUGGGUUAACUGUAUUUAGCAGCUAACACCAUUGAUCAUGAAGAUUAUAAACAGAUUAUAGACGGACAUAAUGAAUUAUUAUUACUCUGCAUUUCCUAAUAUUAAGCUGGUGUGAUGAUGCAGCUGUACAUUAAUAAAAAUAUGUAAACUCCA